AUGGCGGGUUGUCCACUUUACGAUGAGUCUCUCAUUAUAUCUGCCUCGCUCUCCUUCGCGUUGGAAUUCGAAACGCCGAAAGAGGCGAAGCAUACCAUUUUAUUCAAAGUGGAGAAGGCUCCGAGUGAAUGCGAAAGGACGGUCGAUGAGGACCCAGAAAUGCCCACUCAGAUGACGGCAGUUCAGGAAUCAGAAGGACCCAAAGUGAUGACGAUGAUAGGACCGGCGAUGGAAACGCCCGAGCAAGCGAUGGCCGUCCCCGAGUCGGAAUCGCUCUACGAAGAACCGUUCCCUGACUUAAGACAAAUCUCUUCUCGACUUUUGUUCAAAAGACGUGUGGAAAGAUCCCAACCAGUUUUAGCGCAAGAGAGUUCGGAAGUGGAAGAGCGACGAAAUGAAAAGAAAAAGAGGGAAACCUUGGUGAAAGCAAGAGAAACGAGGAAAUUCAGAAAAGAUAUUGAAAAAGUGAGCGAAAUUUGAAGUCAGAUUACAUGUUUUCAAAACUUCUCAGGCCUUGACAUCGACUUUGUACGCAUUCGGACAAGUUGCCAGUGCCAAAUCGAGAACAGGAUCCACCUUGACUGAAUCAUGGAAGGAAAUGAAUCGUAUCACUUGUAAUUGGCUUGUGUAGGUGCUUCGGAUUGUCAAAGCAAUUGCACGAUGGUUUCAGCAUGUUGCACGAGCGAAAAGCUCUCCGACAGUCGACAUUCCACGCGUUCUUUCUGAAUGCCGAAAUCGCUCUGAGAAAGACGAUGAAUGCAGCCAGAGUGAGGGAAAACGAAAGAAAAAAUCAAAACAGAAUUUCAGCCGAGACCGCCGGAGACACACGUGCUGAUGCUGCGAUUCGUUGUAGAUUUUAGUAAAAUUUAUGAGAUUGCUCAGCUACGGAAUAUCAAGGUAAAUUUUAAAAAAGUAUUCAGGAAAACAGAUAAUUGCAGGAAGUGUUGGGAUGCCUGAGCAGACUCCUCGAAAUCGUCCUUGGCAAACAUCUGGGCGAUCCGAAGCGGAUGAGCUCGACUCAUAUGCCCUGGAUUCAGACGAAGGAAGUUAUCAGACUGCUGCUGUCGGCUAUAAACCGAACGGAAACCAUUUACGGUCUGCUUCAGUUGAUGAGCAGAAUUCAGUCGUAGUAAGUGGAACCAUGUAGUGUUAUUGCAUGAUAUCAUCGAUCUUUCAGUUUUAUCUCGAAAUGGGCGGUUCGGAGAGAUCGGAACGACGAAUUCAUCGCUUUCGCAGUCGCUCAGCUUCAAGACUUUUCUUCGAUUCUCUCGAGAAAACUCGAACAAUUGGCCACCGAGAAUGUAUAUUUAAUCUAG